AUGGAUAGACUUAUUGUUUCGGAUGAUUUGAAGAUUGGCUUUACCAGCACUGACCGUGCUACCCAGACAGAAGAGAGUGAAAUCGUACCCAUUAAAGAGCUGACUUCAUCUACACGAAAACUAGUAGAGAUUGUUAAAUCCCUCCAGGUGGAUUUUGCCUUCCUCAAGCAAUUGCUUCAGCUGCAGUUUGAAGAUCGACUCAAAGAGGAAUCCUCGCGUCUCUUCUCAGUUUUAAGUGACAGAAUCCAAUUACUUGAAAGAGCGCUUUAUCAGAAUGAGGAUGUCAUCAGAACGAGCUAUAAUCAACAGCUGUCGGAUGCCAUCGCUGUCAUCAGAGCCAUGUACAAGCCUCACCUACCUGACAUCGACAUAGAACACUUAUGUUCGCCACCACUUGGUCAAGCCACCCAACAGAAAGCCUGUGUUAUAACCAUGUGGGUUACAUCCUACGUGGUGUGUCCAAUACCAGGCUCAACACGGAAGCGGCAGGGCUGUGUGCAUUCUCCCCAUUCAGGUGAAAGCAUGCUGGGCCUGAUGAGGGCUUAA